GAUGAGUAGCAAGUUCGUACGAUUGCUACUACUACGAGUUCAAACCUCAUUUCUUAACUGAAAUCUCUUUCAAUUACUUCCACAAUCUCACCAAUCAAAUCCCAUUUCUUCAGUUUCGCAGCUCACUUCAUCGCUUUCUCUCCUCGGACCGAUGACCAUCAAGGUUGAGCUUCAGAAGGCGUGUACAGAUUGGAAUUCUUGGGCUUCAGCUAAUAUGGAUUUUCCUACACUUUAUUGUUAGUUCAUUCUACUUUUUGGUUAGUAUUGCCACGACACUCGAAAGCUAUUUGAUCUCUUGUGGAUUCCUACGCAAGUACAAUCAUCUGGAUAUCGACAGGGUCCAAUAUCUUGCCAUUGUUGUUGAAAGUGAUGAAGCUUAUAAUACCUUAAAAAUUAUUGAACUUCUGCAAUGGUUAGAAUCCAUGGGCAUUAGAAGUGUUUGUUUGUAUGAUGCUGAAGGGGUGCUUAAACAAUCCAAGGAAAUCAUUUUGAAGAAAGUAAAGAAUGCAUCGUUAUUUCAGGAGACCGAUGAACCUCUCCAACUAAACUGUAAGGGCUUUACUCUGGAGUUCAUUUCAGCGUCGGAUGGAAAGGAAGCCGUGGCGAGAGCAGCUAGUUUUCUUCUCAAAGACAAGUGGAGAAAAACCAACAUGAGUGGAGAUUCCAAUCAGUGCUUUUCUGAAUCUCAGAUGACUGAGGCUCUAAAAGCAGUUGGAUGUGGAGGGCCUGAUCCUGACCUCAUUUUAGUAUACGGACCUUCAAGAUGUCACUUAGGGUUUCCUGCUUGGAGAAUCCGCUACACAGAGAUUAUACACAUGGGACCAUUAAAGUCCAAGAAGUAUGGUUCCCUGGUAAAAGCCAUUUACAAGUUUACCAUGGUGCGGCAAAACUACGGUAAAUGAACUGAAGCAUUAAGAGACUCUGCAGUAAUGGAAGGCCAAUGAAGGAGAAGAUGAAGAAGAUUUAGUAAGUUUUGAACUGUCAUGGAUUUAGUUUUAUGAAACUUCAAUUUGAGGGUUUUAUCAUUUCAUUACUCUUUCGAUUAUCGUAAAUUAUUCAUAAAUAAUAUAGGCAAUUAUAUAAAAUAA